AUGGAUCGACUCGGAGGAGAACACAGCGAGAAAAUGAUGUCUACCUGGGAAUUCCUGCAGCCUUGGCAUGCCGUUUUACGUGAAAGCGCGGUUCAGCCAAAUUGCAUCGCAGCAGACGCAUCGGUGCGCAUCGAACUUUGCUGCGGAGUCCGAGUCAAUGUCCAUACAGCGGCUCACUCCAUUUUAAUCGUGGUCCUCGUAGAGGAGGAUAGUCGACGACUACGAGAAGCAAUCGAGCUGUUCACGCUGCUCUCGUUCGUGGACAACGAAGCAUUUGUCAAGCUAACGACUUCACCCGGGUAUCAACUAAAUGGCGACUUCUACGUGGCAAAGUGGCGCCUCUUUUUCCUCGGAGCUCUGUCAGCAUCUGACGCCACCGCGACCGAAACUUCACUCACCUGGGGCGAUCUGCUGGGAUGUUAUAAGGACCCGUGGGAACACUCGCCUGAAUUUCGAGAUGCAGCGCACAAAAUAGUGGCGAUGGGGCUUGAAAAGGCGGUGGGAGCUUUUGAGCCCAUUAACUUCUCAAUUUGGUGGAGCUGUAGUUCUCGGGCUGGUAAGCUUAGUGGUACACAAGGAUACGAGCAGUCGGUUGGCGAGUUGAACGCAGUUUCCGCUAAACUUCGUUCCUUCCCGAGCGGCGUAUGGAGAGAUCAAGUUGGUCUGCCAUUCAGUGAGCGACGAUGUCUUUUCUCCGCUUGUUCGGCUGUUGCCGAGAUGGAUUCGAGGCCAACGUUGACUAGCUUGUGUAUGAAGUGGAUGACCUCCAAGCGGUGGCCGUGGUUGAUCUAUUGCCUUCAGUGCAGAGCCUCUGGCAUUGGAGCCACCGACACCGCCGUCUCAACCCUGACGAUUCGAGAGAACCAACUGACAAAGGCGGACAUGUCCGCUAUUGCAGCCGUGCUCGAGACCAGAUACCCCUUACCAGCAGGCGGAGAGGGCAUUGCGUACGGGUUUGCGAAUGUUGAGGAAGGAGCACAACUGUGGCCGCAUGGAUUGCCUGAACACGCUAACAACGCCCUAGUUACUUCGAGUAAAUUUCGGUGCAGAGCAUCGUACGACGCAGCCACUAACGGGGGGUUUGUCGAUCUGGUUGUUCCUGGUUACGGGAUCUGCAAGACGAGGCUUGGCGAGUCCACGCGAUUCAUACCCGAUCGGACUUCACCUCCACCUCCAGUGAAGAAAAAUCGAUUCUGUGAGGGCUUGGACCUGUAG